AUUUCAUCAUCAACAAUAACUGAGUUGAGUCAUAUACAAAAUGAUAAUAAAAUCAGACGGAUAAUACAAAAUGAUGAUCUUAAAACUUCAUCUAGUACAUUGAUAUCUUUAUCAGAGGCAACAUUAUCACCAACAACUUCAAUAACAACUUCUGUUACCGGUAUCAACAUUUCACCAGACAUCUGUUGUAAUGAUCAAAAUAUUCAAUUAUCACAUUUAUUAAAUACAAGUAAUUCAAAUAAAUAUUAUCAUCAUAAUAAUCUUAAUCAAAACGAUAAUCAACACCAGAAUGAUCAUAAUAAUCAACGUCAUCUCCAUGAUCAACAGCAACAACAACAACCGCAACAACAUAAUGAAAAUGAUAUUUGUAGUGGUAUGGAGUCCAGCAGUGGUAAUAAUUUAAUUGAUAAUGAACGCCUGACUAGUCAUGGUAGUAUAGGACUGUCAAGUGGCAGUCCGGCAUAUACAACACACUCAGGUGGGCACAGUGGUCGUGGUGGCCCAACCGGUGGUCAUGGUGGACAUAGUGGUUCACAUAGUUCGGCAGCUUCAAUGCACCAUCAGUCAUUACAAUCCGAUUUUCAACCACCAUAUUUUCCGCCACCAUUUCACCAUGCUACACAAAGUCCGCCACAACAACAGAACCACGGAGCCCUUGAAUAUUUAGGUACAGAUCCUUAUGGUCAACCAUUAUCAUCAUUACAUCACGCACCUUUACAUCAUUAUAACCAAUUAGCUGGAUUAAGAUCAACACAAGAUCAAUUGGGUAUUCAUAGGUCACAUAGAGAAGCUGAGCUUCAAGGACAUGUGCUGGCGGAUUGUAAAAAUUUCAUAGCCUUAGCUCAAACCGAAAGUUUUCACCAAACACAACUUUCGCAUGGUUUUCCUUACACAGAUAGACGGGGUGAUUAUAGUAGUGCAAUAAGUGGUGCUGGAUCACAUGGUGGGCGAUUAGGACAAGAACAUGAUCCUUUAGCUUUACAUCAUGCUUUACAAAAUGCUGUAGAUGAUGGUCAAAAUCCUGGAAUGGACGAUAAUGUUGGUUUCAUGUCAGAUUUACCCUUAAUUAAAAGCAUAAAAAGUGGUAAAGAUGUUAGUAAUAUUGGAACUGGUGCACCAAGUGAAGUAUUUUGUGCGGUGCCUGGACGUCUUAGUUUAUUGUCAUCGACUUCUAAAUACAAAGUAACAAUAGCUGAAGUACAAAGGCGACUAUCACCACCAGAAUGUUUAAAUGCUUCUUUAUUGGGUGGAGUAUUGAGAAGAGCAAAAAGUAAAAAUGGUGGCCGACUUUUACGUGAAAAACUGGAAAAAAUUGGUUUAAAUUUACCAGCUGGUAGAAGAAAAGCCGCUAAUGUAACAUUAUUAACAUCUUUAGUAGAAGGUGAAGCAACACAUUUAGCUAAAGAUUUUCAUUUUGUAUGUGAAACAGAAUUUCCUGCCCGACAGUUAGCCGAAUAUAUUGUUAGACAUCAAACAGAGCCACAAGAAUCUUAUAGACGUAAAGAAUUAUUAAUGCAUACACAACAAGUAACAAAAGAAUUAAUGCAAGUUUUAAGUCAAGAUAGGACAGCGCAAUAUACAAGUAGACAACAACAUUUGUUAGAUCCGUCAAUACAACGUCAUUUAACGCAUUUUUCUUUAAUAACCCAUGGUUUUGGAUCACCAGCAAUAAUGGCUGUUUUACAUGCGUUUCAGACGUACUUAAAUGAAUCACUGAAUUAUUUGGACAAACUCUACCCGCCAAAUGGUGGUGGUAUGGUUUCAUCAUCACUUGAUAAAUCAAAAAUGGACAACGACAAAAAAUGAUAAAUUUUUAAAAAUUUUAAUUAAAAAUUUUAAUAAAUCAUAGUAAAUUAAUUUAUAAUUAGAACUAUUUUUUAAAUUAAAACAAUUAUAUUAUCUCAUUAAAUAAAAAAUCUAAAUAUUCUUUUUAAAUAACUCUAGCCACUAUUUCAAAUCACAUAAUUACAAUGAAACAAAAAAUUAAUCUUUAUUUUUCUUCACAUUUAUAUUAAUUUUAUUUUUUCAGUUUUCAAAAUUAAUUUUUUAGGUUUUGUGUAAAUUAAAGAUAU